AUGUCUAGUAUCCAGAGAUCCUUUUUGGCUCCAAGAAUUCGGUGCAAUCGAUGUGAAAAAACUGCCAAAGUCCAGUCCCAAAAUCAUGUUAAAGUUGAUCAUGUUGAUCGGUUAAGUGCUCUUCCGAAUGACCUUCUCUGCCAUAUCCUUUCCUUUCUUCCAACAAAAAAAGCUGCAGCCACCUCCAUCCUAUCCACUCGAUGGCGUUACCUUUUCACUUCACUUCCCAAUAUUCAUCUGGAAUUUGAUCACUCUUUACGAGACAUUAGAGGUCCCAAUUAUCAACGAUUUGCUCGAUUCGUAGAUUGUUGUCAUCGUUUGAUUCUUCAGCGAAAACCGUAUUGUUUGAGAAAAUUCCAUCUUUCCCUGAAAGAGUUUCUUGAGAUUUUUCGGGUGGCAAUUGACUCUCUGAUAUGUGCAGCAAUUUCCUGUGGAGUCCAACAACUUGAGGUUUUUGUGGGACAUGAUCGUUCCGGUGCAUUGUCUCCUCCGGGAAUUUUGUCCUGUCCAGCAAUUUUCAGUUGCAAAACAAUUGUAGAAAUGAAGCUGAAAAUUCGCUUUACUGUUUUCUAUGUGCCGGAAACAGUUUCUUUGCCGAAUCUUAAGGCUCAUUCAGGGUUGUCCCGUGCUCAUAGAACUGUCUUUCGACUGUUAUACAUUUCCAGGGAUCAAGUUCAGACCCUUUUGAUAAAAAGCCCUUCCCUGCAAAAACUCAGCCUCCAUUGUAUGUCUGAUGAUGAUUGGGACAUUGUUCUGGACAUCCCCAAUGCUGUAAAUUUGGAAUGCGAGGUUGAUGGAGAGAGUAAAACAAGUAUAAAUGCCCCAAAGCUUCAACAUUUGAACUUUGAUGGCAAUGUAGUUGAAGUAAACAUUCUUCCAAACCACAAGUCUCUUGUCGAAGCCAGAAUAUCAGUUUCUUGCCCAUCAGAUCAAGAACAAUUAUUACGCUGUGAGGUUGCCUUUGAGCUUAUGAAUUGGUCACAAAGUGUGUUACUCUUUUAUUCUCAAAAGUUGCUGCCAACUUUUGAAAAGCUGACUUAUCUUGAGGUUGAAGUCCGCAAAUAUUAUGGUAAGCGCAUGCAUAGCUGGAAGAUGUUAUCAUGGUUACUUGAAAGUGCACCUAAUCUUCAAGUGCUGGUCUUUGAUGAAGUGUUUUGGGAUGACAGGAUUGAAUCCUGUGCUGAAAACGAGAAAUUUGAGUUUCUUUCUAAUGUGAAAGCUUUAAAAAAGAUGACUGUUGGUGUUCUUGGAGGCUUUCGAGAUCGCAGGAAAAUAUUGUCAUUGAAGAGAUGCAACGACUGCCAGAUUGUGUUCACUUAA